CGAGAAGUAACAAAGGUAAUCUUAUUCGGCUCUUCAAUAGUGUGAGAGCUUUUCAAUAUUUUAUUUCUCUCUCUCUUUUCUUUUUCGACAAAAUGCCUUCCGAAAGUUAUUUCAUUGGAAUUGAUGUUGGAACAGGUUCCACCCGUGCAGCAAUUAUUGAUGUCCAAGGUAAACUUAUAAGCCUAGACGUUCAGCCUAUAACAACUUUCAACCCCAAACACAAUAUCUAUGAACAAUCCACCAGCAAUAUUUGGUCCAGUAUCAUCACUUGCGUCCACAAUAUCUUGAAGCAAGCUAAUUUAAAGCCUGAACAAAUUAAGGGUAUCGGUUUUGACGCCACAUGUUCUCUGGUCGUAUUGGACAAGCAAGGUUGUCCUCAGUCUGUAGAUGAGCAAUCCAACUAUCAAGAUAAUAACCUUAACGUGAUCUUGUGGGCAGAUCAUCGCGCUAUUGAACAGGCAAAUCGUAUCAAUGCCACACACCAUGAUGUUCUCCGGUAUGUUGGUAAUACCAUCAGCCCUGAAAUGGAGAUUCCAAAAACAUUAUGGCUUAAGGAAAACUUGCCUAGUGAGAAAUGGGAUGGCAUAGGACAGUUGAUGGAUUUACCGGAUUUCUUGACUUACAGAGCUACUGGAUCAACAGGCCGAUCAACUUGCUCUUUGACUUGCAAAUGCUCUUAUUUGCCCAGACUAGUAGGUGAAGGUUGGGAGCCUAGUUAUUUUAAAGCUAUCGGAUUGGAAUGCUUAGUUCAAGAGAAUUUUGCAAGAUUGGGUGGAAAUGAUGUUGAUGGGGAUAAUACAAAAAAAGUGUUAGAGGCGGGCGAUCCUGUAGGAUCUGGAUUGACGGAAGCUGCUGCUAAAGAGCUUGGUUUAUUACCUGGUACACCUGUUGGAUCCGCUAUCAUUGAUGCUUAUGCCGGGGCAGUCGCUACUUUAGGUGCCAGCCCCUCUGAGAAAGAAAGAAGCGAAAUGUUAAAUUCAUUAGAUCAGAGUUUAAAAACAAAUGGGCCUAGUCGUUUAGCUAUUAUUUGUGGUACAUCAAGCUGUCAUAUUGCUAUGUCACCUAGCCCUAUAUUUGUUCCAGGCGUCUGGGGCCCUUACCGGUCAGUCAUGGUGAGCGGCAUGUUUUGUGCGGAAGGUGGGCAAUCAUCCACUGGUCAACUCAUCGAUUUCAUUGUAAACACCCAUCCAGCACUGGAGACAGCACAAACUAAAUCGGCUGAAGUUGGACAAAAUAUUUAUUCAUUCUUAUCUCAACAUUUGGUCACGCUUCAAAAGCAACAAGGUUUGAAACACUUGGAGGAACUCACAAGACAUUUGCACAUCUAUCCAGAUUUCCAUGGAAACAGAUCCCCUUUGGCAGAUCCCACAUUACGAGGUACCAUUGUCGGUGUAUCGCUGGAUAAAAGUGUCGAUGAUUUAGCGUUGCGUUACCUAGCAACCUUGCAGGCAAUAGCCUGCCAGACACGUCAUAUAAUCGAAACUUUAAAUGAACAAGGCUAUACAAUCGAUACAUUGUGUAUGUCCGGUGGACUUUGUAAGAGCCCUUUGUUUGUUCAGAUCUUGGUAGAUGUUACACAAUGCAGAGUCAUCAUGCCAGAGUCGAUUGACGGUGCUGUCGUAAUAGGUGCUGCGUUUCUAGGUGCAAAAGCUUCGGGUCUUUCCUCCGACUUGUGGGAGAUUAUGGUAAAAUUAGGAAGAGCAGGUUCAACUGUCUUACCUAAUAAGGACAAGGAGAUACACGAAAUUAACCGUCGACGCUAUAAAGUGUUCCUUGCAUUACUCGAAGACCAAAAAAAGUAUCGCUCAAUAAUGGAUGAAGGUUUUUAAAGUCCAUCUGAGAUUUUAUUUAUAUUUAUGUUUAUCUGAUUUUAUGUUUGGUUUGAACGAUGAUAUCAGUCAUCGUGAAUAAACAUAGAUAGUAAAAUCUAAAGAAUAAGCAAGCUAGCUAUAGUACCAUAGAAGUCAUCUUUAAUACCUUCCCAUGUACAAAAUGAUUAAAAAUAUGCUUAAAAAGAGAUUGUAAAACAUCAGAUAGACAUGCGGAUCCAAUCAGAUUAAAUAUUUUGACACACGCAAACCGUCAUUUUAAC